AAACAGCUUUUAGCGGGUUUUUUAUGACGCAGGAGGCCGAGAGUUCACCGCUUCGGACUCGGACAUGCGUUUCCAAGUCAUCGUCGCUGCUGUCUUCUGGUCUGGAUUCGUGGAGUCGCGGAAAGUGAGAGGAAUAUCCUCGUCCUAUAAGAGGUUCUACAAGGAGAGGAAGUCCUUCCUUUGCAUCGAUGGGUCCAAGAUCAUCCCCUUUGAGCAGGUGAACGACGACUACUGCGACUGCGACGAUGGCUCAGACGAACCAGGCACCUCGGCGUGUCCUCGCGGCCGCUUCUACUGCACCAAUCUGGGGUUCCGGCCGCAUUACAUCCCAUCGUCACGGGUCAACGAUGGCAUCUGUGACUGCUGCGACGCCUCAGACGAAUACAACAGCCCCGCUCGCUGCCAGAACACUUGCUGGAAUCUGGGGCAGAAGGAAAGAGCCUUCGUGGAGGGCCAGAUAAGGACCCUGGACGAGGGUUUGCGACUCAAGCAGCAGCUCAUUGAGGAGGGAGUUCUGCUGUGGAGGGAGAAACAGGCCCAGCUCAGAGAACUCCAGCAGGUGGCCGAAGACCUGCAGAUCAAACUGGAGGAGCACCGGAGGAGGAAGCACGAGGCCGAGCGGCUCAAGGAGCAGACGUUGAAGGCUCUGGCGGCGGGCGACAGCGGUCUCAGGCAUCAGAACCACACGGUGACCGGCGUUUUCCAGCUACUGGACAGCGAUAAAGACGGCAGUGUAACAGUGGAUGAAGUCAAGGCCAGAGUGGUGCUGGUCCACGAUGAGGAGCGACUGCUCUCCGAGGACGAAGCGCUGGGUUUGCUGGGAGGAGGGCGUCAGAUCGAUCUCGCCGAGUUUCGACGGACGCUCUGGGACGUCCUAACGAGAGGAGACAGCGUCAAGAUCAAAGACGCACCAGCCGGCGGAGAUCCUCACUUAGAGGCGGCCGACAAAGCUGCAGAGUGGGAGGCUACCAAUCUGAAGAAGGUAGAAGAAGCCUACGAGACAGUCAACAUGGAAAUAAGUGAUCUGCGGAAGAAGCUGGCCAUAGACUACGGGACGGAUUGGGAGUUUCUGUUUUUGAACAGCCAGUGUUACAAGCUCCAAGUAUACGA